GAAAAAAGCAGUAAGCAAGCAGUUGUAGCUUUGCUAAUCUUGCAGGUUAUCAUAGUAAUGUCAGAAGACACGUAGCAUUGAGUUUUCCUUCUGUGACUCUUGGAUGUGUGUCAGAUGUCCGGGUUUCAGGAUCUUAGAGAUUUCAGACGGCGGCUGCUCGCUGCGGUUAUCAGAGAUAUAUCAGAAACAACAUGUGGAUACGACAAAGAAAAGUGCUGGAUGUGAUUUUAACACCUGAAAUCAAGCUGCAGAGAGCAGGCCCCACCUCCACAGUGGAGACAGAUCUUUACAAUCACUGCCCAGAUGUGAUUUGUGUCGUUCGUGAACAAUUCGUUUGAAAAGACCGAAUCUUAUGGUUGAGCGAACUGAACCGAAUCACCGACUGAAAAGACUGUUGGUGAGUAAAGAAGAGCUUCCUCCUGAGCAGUAGGAGUGGAGCCACAUUCUGGACCAGGAGGACCCUGAGCCCCCACACAUCAGAAGAACAGGAGAACCUGUGGAUCAGUCAGGAGGAAGAACAGCUUCAAGGACUGGAGGAGGCUGAUACCACCAUGUUCCCAUUCAGUCCUGUCUCUGUAAAGAGUGAAGAUGAUGAAGAGAAACCUCAGUCCUCACAGCUUCAUCAGAGACAAACUGAACAGAUGGAAACAGGAGUUGAUGGAGAGGACUGUGGAGGAGCAGAACCAGAGAGGGACUCAGAUCCAGAGAGAUAUUUACAACCAGAGACAGAGGUCAAGAUUGAAGAAUCUUCAGAACCAGAGACUGAUGACAGUGAUGAUUGGACAGAGAGGAUAGAUAAUCAGCCAGGGAUAAACUCCACCAAGAGACUGAAGUCUGAUAAUAAAUCACAUAGCUGCUCUGAGUGUAGUAAAUAUUUUAAAAAUAAAAGGAAUCUUACCAGACACAUGAGAAUUCACACAGGAGAGAAACCCUUCAGCUGCUCUUUUUGCAGUAAAGGAUUUAACCAAGAAGGGCAUCUGUCCAAACACAUGCCGGUUCACACAGGACAGAAACCUUUUAUCUGCACUUUCUGCAGUAAAACAUUUAAACAUAAUUCAAGCCUGACGCUUCACAUAACACAUCAUAGAGGGGAUAAACCCUUCAGCUGCUCUGUUUGUGCCCAAGGAUUCUCUUGGCGUACACAGUUAAGAAGACACAAGUGUGUUGAAGCUUUGGAGCGUCUUCAAAACCAAACUGAGGAGAACAGAGAGGCAGAAACAGGAGCUGAUGGAGAGGACUGUGGAGGAGCAGAACCAGAGAGGGACUCAGAUCCAGAGAGACAUUUACAACCAGAGAUUGAGGUCAAGACUGAAGACUCUUCUGAACCUGAGACUGAUGACAGGGAUAAUGAUUGGAAGGAGCCCAGAGAACAUCAGUCAGGUUUAGACUCUGUGGGAUACUUGAAAAAGAGACUGAAGAUUGAUAAGAAAUCAAAUAGCUGCAAUGAGUGUGGUAAAAUAUUUAAAAAUAAACGGGAUCUGACCCAACACAUUAGGAUUCACACUAGAGAGAAACCCUUCAGCUGCUCUGACUGUGGUAGAAGAUUCAACUAUAAGCCUACACUUAAAUUUCACACUGCACAUCACAGAGGGGAUAAACCCUUCAGCUGCUCUGUUUGUGACAGAAGAUUCUGUUGGCCCUCUCAGUUAAAAUCACACAAGUGUGUUGGAGGUCAGGCUCCAGAGCUUCAUCAAAACCAAACUGAGGAGAAAAGAGAUGCAGAAACUGGAGCUGAUGGAGAGGACUGUGGAGGACCAGAACCAGAGAGGAACUCGGAUCCAGAGAGACAUUUACAACCGGAGAUUGAGGUCAAGACUGAAGACUCUUCAGAACCCGAUGACUGUGUUCACGGUGUUUUUUUGAAUGAGACUAUAGUACUCCCAUCAGAUUUACACUCUGAGGAAAAUAUUAAAGACCAGAGGCCACUGACUGAUAAGAAACCACAUAGCUGCUCUGAUUGUGAUAAAACAUUCCAAAAAAAAUAUUAUCUGACCAGGCACAUAAGAAUUCACAGAGGAGAUAAACCCUUCAGCUGCUCUGACUGUGAUAAAAGGUUUAACCAAAAAGAGCAUCUGACCAGGCACAUGUUUGUUCACAGUAAAGCAAAACCUUUCAUCUGCUCUAUUUGCUAUAAAAGAUUUAACCAAAAGUCUAGUUUGACACGUCAUAGAAAACUCCACUGGGGAGAGAAACUCCACUGCUGCAGUGCAUGUGGCCAAAAUUUUUCCUGGUAUUAUCAGUUAAAGAAACACAAGUGUGUUGGAGGUCAGGCUUUAGAGUUUAAUCAAAACAAAACUGAGGAUAAAAGAGAGGCAGAAACAGGAGCUGGUGGAGGAGCAGAACCAGAGAGACGUUUACAACCAGAGAUUGAGGUCAAGAUUGAAGAAUCUUCUGAAGCUGAGACUCAGGACAGUUAUGAUUGGAUGGAAAUCAGUGAACAUCUUUCAGGUUUAAACUCUGUGAAAAACAUUAAAAAUAAUAGACCCAAGAAUGAAAAGAAGUCACAUAGCUGCUCUGAGUGUGGUAAAACAUUCAAAAAGAAUAGAGAUCUGACCCAGCAUAUAAGAAUUCACACAGGAGAGAAACCUUUCAGCUGCUCUGACUGUGGUAAAAGGUUUAAUCAUAAAUGGAAUUUGACUACCCACAUAUUAGUUCACACAGGAGAAAAACCCUUUAACUGUUCUGUUUGCAGUAAAAGAUUUAAACAUAAGUCUAGUCUGACACUUCACAUGGCACAUCACAGAGGAGAGAAACCCUACAGCUGCUGCAUCUGUAUCCAAAGUUUUUCAUGGCUUAAACAGUUAAAGACACACAAGUGUGUUGGAGGUCAAGUGUCAGUGUUUCAUCAAAACCAAACUGAGGAGAAAAGAGAGGCAGAAAUAGGAGUUGAUGGAGAGGACUGUGGAGGAGCAGAACCAGAGAGGGACUCAGAUCCAGAGAGACAUUUACAACCAGAGACUGAGGUCAAGAUUGAAGACUCUUGGCGAGCUGGUUUAGCUCAGUUGGAAGAGCAGGUCCCCCUUGUACAGAGGUCACAGUCCCUAAUGCAAGUUCAACUCCCAGUUCUGAUGCUAUUUGGUGCCUGUCAUCCCCCAAUCUCUGUCCCAACAGUUCCCGUAUCCCUCAAGCUGUCCCAUCUAACAAUGGCAAGAAGUCCAAAAUUUAAAAAAAGUGAAAAGACUGAAGAUUCUACUGAACCAGGGAGUGAAAACAGUGGUAAUUGGCAAGAGACAGCUGGAUAUCAGUCAGGUGUAAACUCUGUGAAAUGCAUUACAAAUAAGAGACUGAAGACUCAUAAAAAAUCGCAUAGCUGCUCUGAGUGCCAAAAAACAUUCAAAACAAGACAAGAUCUGACCAGACACAUUCAAAUUCAUACAGGAGAGAAACCCUUCAGCUGCUCUAUUUGCGGUAAAAGAUUUUACCAAAAAUGGAAUCUGACCUCACACAUGCUAGUUCACACAGGAGAAAAACCCUUUAGCUGCUCUGUUUGCAGUAAAAGAUUUAUCUUAAAAGGAAAUCUUACCAAACACAUGAUUAUUCACACAGGGGAGAAACCCUUUAGCUGUUCUGAGUGUGGUAAAAGAUUUUACCAACAAGGAAAUCUGACUUCACACAUGCUUAUUCAUAUGGGAGUGAAACCCUUCAGCUGCUCUGAGUGUGGGAAAGAAUUUCGAGGGAAAGGGAAUCUGAACAGACACAUUAAAGCUCACACUGGGGAGAAAGCCUGACUUGUCACAGAGGAGAGAAACCCUGCAGGUGUAUUCAUGACCAAAGAUUCUCUUGGCCAAGUGUUAUAUAAAAAAGUGGAGCUGAUCGAGAGGACUUUGGUGGACCAGAACAAGCCUUGAACUCGGAUCUAGAGAGACAUUUACAACCAGAGACUGAGGUCAAGAUGCAACACUUCAACGCAACCCUCAGCUGCUCUGAGAAUGGUAAUAAACAUAGCUGGAGUUCCCAUCUGAAGAGACACAAAAACUUACACAGGAGAGAAACCAUUUAGUGUCUGUUUGCUGGGAACAAUUACUUUAAUAUACAAUACUUAAAUAAAGAUUAAUUUUCAUUCAUUUCCUUUCUACUACCAAUCGUUAUAACUAGUAAUUAGUACUAGUUGGUAUUGGUUUCAAAAUAUAUUAUAGUAGCAGAAAAACUUUGAUCACUGAUUGUAUUAACUGUAGCUAAUUUCACACUCUGCCAGAACCACAGUGUUUCUGGCAGAAACACUCGUUGCACAAUAACUUAGAUGACAUCUGUUAUUUUUAUUUUUAUUUAUUUUGGGCUUUUCGUGCCUUUAAAUGCAGAGAGAGGACGGUGGAUAGAGUUGGA